AUGGUGAAGCUCAGAACUCGAGCUGAAUGCCCAAAGGAGGAAAACAGUCUCAAGAUUGAUCUCCAAAUUGAUAAGGAUGCAAAUUUUGUCUCCUCUAACUCCGCACUCGACUAUUCGGGGAAAACCUGCACCUGCCUCCCUUUCAUAGGUGGUGAGAAAUUUAGGUCCCUUUCCCCGCCCGCAAUAGGGUUUGGGUUUUCCCACCCACACCCGAACCCAUUCAUAUAUAUAUGUGAAGAAUAUGGAAUGGAAGCUUACAUAAUAAAAUCUGUUAUGGACAAGAACCAAUUCUCUACAAAUAUAAAUUCCAGUGCUAGCUCGAAAGAGAGGGGACAGGUCUCGUCUACGCGUGUCCGUGAAGCCCUUGCUGUAGGAGAUAUGACGUAUGUCUCAGAGCUUUUGGGUAGACAGCACCGUCUCGUAUUAAUGGCCACGGACCGAGAAAGGUUCAGCUUUGGUCGGUACAAGGUGUCUGCUCCUAAAUCGUGUUUAUUGAAUCUAGCACCAAAGGAAGGUUUAUAUGAGAAGUGUUCACUUUUACUUGGUCAAGAAAAUGUUAUGCUAUGUAGGGUAAUUAUUGACAGCAAGUUUGUCCAUAUAGAACCCGAUUUCGGAGGUUCGAGUGAUAUUUUUGGUACUCACAAUUUGCAGUACUUGCAUAUUGAAUUUGGUGAUUCCAACCCUUGAUUCAGUUUAGAUAAUGUUUCUAAUUAAAUUCUUAGUCUACUUAAUAAUAGACGAUUCUUAUCUGUCCUUGAAGUUUUAAAGCUGAUGAUAUAAUUGAGUAUAAAUUAAUACCCUUUUCCCCCUUAA